AUGGAGUUUCAAAGCUAUGAUGACUUCUGUGAGACAAAAACUCUGGGAGAGAUACUUCACAACAAAUACAUUUUUGAGAUAAAAGAUGUAUCCAAAUAUUAUAGGAUUGGUGAUGAUGUAUCCAUAACCAUGGCAACAACUGGUGGUACUGGGGUGAAUUGUAUGGCACUAAAACAGAAAAUCCAGUCUGAAAUGAAGACUCCAUUCAACACGACAGAAGAAAUGAAAGUGACUGACAAUAAAGACGGGACUUGUAGCCUGACAUAUCAGGCUAAGGUAGAAGGGGUGCAUGAAUUGACAGUUUUAGUGAAUAACAAAUCAGUGCAGGGUUCACCUGUUAAGAUUAAUGUAAUUCCUAAGAAGGGGUUGGUGGGUAAUUAUGGUGGGUCAAGAUUCAGUCAGUUUAACUAUUCUGAGAGUGUCCUGAUAACCAGUGAGGGGAAUGUAUUAGUUUGUGAAAGUGGAAAUAAACUACUUCAAUUACUGACUUUGGAUGGAAAACAUAAACGAAUGAUUCAAUUCACUGGUUUUAAUAAACCAUUCUGUCCACACUGUGCAGCAGAGUCACAGGAUGGUAAUUAUUUCAUAACAGACGAUGAUAACAAACAAGUAGUUGUAUGUAAUAACAAUUUUGAACUAAUUAGAUGUUUUGGCAGUGGGAAACUGACAUCACCUAGGGGUAUUAGCAUUAGCCCUGUGAAUGGAAGGGUGUAUGUUGUUGACAUGAGUUCCCAUUGUAUAAGAAUCUACAACCAAGAUGGGGGAUAUAUAAAUUCAUUCGGAUCACAGGGUGAUGGGGACUGUCAGUUUCAUUAUCCUUGGGGAAUUACUACUGAUAGUAAAGGUAAUCUCAUUGUGGCAGAUAGCUGGAACCACCGCAUACAAGUACUGACUGGUGAAGGAGAAUUUCUAUUCAAGUUUGGAAGUCGUGGAAAUUCUGAUGGUCAACUACAGUAUCCUUUAGGUGUAGCUACUGAUACAGAUGGAUAUGUGUAUGUGAGUGAAAAUGGUAAUAAAAGGGUCCUGAAGUAUGACUCCCAUGGUCAAUUUGUAUGUCGUAUUGAUAGUCCUGCUGAUGGGUUGUGGUUUCCCCAUGGUAUCUGUGUCACAAAUGAUAAACCAUUUGGUAAAGUUGUAGUGGCUGAUAAAGGGAAUCAUUGUAUUAAAAUAUUUGCACAAUAG